CUUGUCUGUUAAGCUGUCCUUGGUCUGAUGUUGACUCUUUCUGUGCUCACACGGUUUCUUUAAAGCAGUGAGCAUGAAUAGCUUCUUACUACCUUUUAGUUUUAGAAGAGUGUCAGCACCUGUCUGACAUCUCAGCUCAUCUCAUUACAAUACACCUGAGUAUGGGAUGUAAUUCUCUGUGUGUGUACAUAGCCUCUGAAGAACCAAUCCAUUCAGGAUGGGAAACCACGCAGGCAAACGAGAAUUAAAUGCCGAGAAGGCCAGUACGAAUGGUGAAACUAACAGAGGAGAAUCUGAAAAAAAGAGAAACCUGGAUGAACUUUCACGGACAACCUCAGAGGACAAUGAAGUGUUUGGAGAGGCAGAUGCGAACCAGAACAAUGGGACCUCCUCUCAGGACACAGCGGUGACUGACUCCAAGCGCACAGCGGACCCAAAGAAUGCCUGGCAGGAUGCCCACCCAGCUGACCCAGGGAGCCGCCCCCACUUGAUCCGCCUCUUUUCCCGAGAUGCCCCGGGGAGGGAGGACAACACCUUCAAAGACAGGCCCUCUGAGUCCGACGAGCUCCAGACCAUCCAAGAAGACAGUGCAGCCACCUCCGAGAGCCUGGAUGUGAUGGCGUCACAGAAGAGACCCUCCCAGAGGCACGGAUCCAAGUACCUGGCCACAGCAAGUACCAUGGACCAUGCCAGGCAUGGCUUCCUCCCAAGGCACAGAGACACGGGCAUCCUUGACUCCAUUGGGCGCUUCUUUGGCGGUGACAGGGGUGCGCCCAAGCGGGGCUCUGGCAAGGUGAGCUCUGAGGAGUAGAGGAGCUUUAGUUUAAAUGGAAAAAGCAGAGGAGAAAUCAGUAGGUGAACUAAGCCAUUAGAGGAAGAACUGGCAUGUAGCCUCUUGCUGUCUAAGGUCUCGUUCCAUGCUGGAGAAUGCAUAUGAGCCCAAGAGUGUGGGCCUGAGUGGCUGCUUAGGACGUUUUCAUUUAACUCACCCCCUCUUUUCCUCACAAGGGAUGGUGGCCGGGGUGUGGCUCAGGAAUGUAAGGACAUACUGAAUUCUGGAUCUCUAAGGGUGCCUGGACAUGGGCGUUGCAGAAAGAGAGCCACAUUCUCAGGGUCUCUGGUGGUGUGUGCUUGCGGACUUGAUGACUGAUUUUGCCUCUGCGGCCCACACGCUGGGGUUCAACACUGGGUUAUGCUCGUUUUUUUCCUGGAGUCAGUGCUGCUAGCUUCAUGUUGCUCUGCGACAAUCAUAUGAUUGAGGUCGAGGAAGACUUUUGAACAAAUUCCUCAAUUUAAAUCUGCCUUGAGCAAACUUUCUCUGUGGUCUGAGAAGUGGAAGAGGGGAGGGAUAAAUGAGUGUCUAUGAAUCAAAGCUUUAUUAUCUUGUGAGUCCAUUAAUUUGCAUACAGAGUCUUAGAGGUUUCUUUAUUCAAAUGUUCUGUGGAUAAAAAUGUAUUACAAAGAAAAAAAAAAAAAAAACAACUCUGCUAUGGGGUCCAGAGUCUAGGAGUGGUUUCUGCAGUUGAUUGUUAGUGGAGAACCUGUGGCUGCUGGUUCAUCAAAGCACUGGUCCCUGAGUGCCAUUCAGAUUGCAGAUGCAGCAUUUCACGUGAUGUUUGGAGUGUUUGGUGGUUGUGUAAUUUUAGAGAGAAAGAAGUUUUUCCCAAAAAAAUCCCUAGUUUAUUGGGUGUUCUCACACAACCUGUAAGAUGAAGCUGUUUUUCUGCCUGUGUGCAGGGCUGAUUCUGGAAUUCUGGAAGGCCUUGUGGGAGCGUAAAAGGCUUUUGAAUAAAGUGUGGAACAGAGCACCUCAUUCUGAUAACAUGCAAUCAUAAAAACCACAGGGCAACUUGGAGUUAAGGAGUUUCUAGAAUUUGCUUUAGUCUCCAACUGCAAUUCUUUAUUGAUAAUGAAAUCGUUGAAGAUAAACACAAAUGUCAGUUUCACCUUUCCUAUGGGCAUGAAAGCACAUCGAAGUUUCAGGCAACUGUUAACAUCUCUACCAUCUGCUCUGAGUUGGGAUUUCAGGUUGUGACACUUGCUGUGACUUAUUUGUAAAUGACAUUUGGUAUUUGUAAAUGACAUUUGGUGUAUCUUAGAUACUAAUGGAAUUCAUAUUCUGGUUAGUUCUUUCAGUGCAUUUGUAGAUAUGUUCUUUUCCUUUGUGGCAGUCCUCCCUCAUCCUGAAAUGCUGGUGUUCCAACCUAUUUCUAAUGCUAAUUUCAACUGGAAGCACUUUUUCAAGCCCAGCUAUCAAACCACACCAGACAUGUAUGGAUUUGGAUUGCCCAAUAAAGUGUUGCUAUUAUGCUAAGCAUCCCUCAUGCAUACAGCAUCACCAGUUUUGAAAGCUUAAACUAUUCUGCUUACUUCAAGGUACAGAAAAAAAAAAUGUACUUAAACUGUGCAGAAAAGAUGAAAUCGCUGGAUAGUAUGUAUUAUAAAACAAGCUUCAUGUCAGUGAUAAUGGUUUAAGUUGAAACAAAAUGGUGAAAGCAUUGAUAUCAAUCAUUGUGACUUUAUCUCAAAAGGAUAUUGAAACACAUAGAUGUUUUUCUUCCUUUAUGGUAAGAUUACAGCCUUUAUUGUCUUAAAUCUCUUAUACUCUUCAAUAUUUUCAAAGAAAACAUUCUAGUCUCAGAAAUAGUCCAUCUCUUUGCAAAACAGGGCUGCCCAAUUAUCAAGGACCCAGAAAAAUCAAAACACUUUCAAAAAUUUAAAAAAUAAAAAUAAUUUUCACGUAAUUGCUUUAGGAAUUUUGAAGUAUCAAUUCUUUUCACUAUGGAGUGUUGAAUAUAGAAGACUUUUUAAUGAACAGGCUUGCCCUUUGAUGCCAAAGGCGCAAAAAAUAAUAACAUUUGCACGUGUGAUCAUACAGAUCGUACAUAUCUCACAGUGGUGAUCUUCUUUGUGAAGAAGAGCCAUUGUAGGAGAUGGAGGGAAAAUAAAUGGAAAGUUCUUUGCUUGUUGGCCCUGUACAUAGCAUACACUUGCUCACGCUGAUGGACACCAGCUGAUGGGAGUCACUGCUUAUGAGGACAUCCCAGGGGAACGCAUGCAGUGGGGAUGUGUAUUGUUCCACUCAACUAUUUUAUCACAAAGUGUUGUAAACAUGGGAGAUGAAAGCUUAACUCUACACCCAGCUACAGACCCACAAUGGCCCUAAAAAUCUGGGGUAUUCAUUGGUGGGCUGCCAUGGAGGAAUUUUUGGUUUUGUUUUUAUUUUAAUUUGUUGCUCUGUUUACAAAUCAGGAGAGCCCCCGUUUUUAUAUGCUAGGAAGUCCUUGGGAUAGGCCAAAGAGGGGUGCAAACAGGAGCGGUGGAAGGCCCGGGCCCUGCCUCUCAGGACCCCGGCGCCCCGCCCCACACACACUUCUUCUGCUUGCCAUCUAGAACGAGGUUUUCCCGGCAGAUUCCUGCCAGACUCUGAAUGGAGCCCCCCAUGACCCUAUGAAAGGGGCUGUUUGUCCCCCUCCCACCCUCCUGUGCUCUUCCUCCCUCCCCUUGAGGGCACACGGCCGCUGGUACCACAUGUUGGAGCGGCCGCCCCCGAGCCCGGGAAUGCCCUAACAACACCCACGCUUGUGUUGCUGGGAGCUGACAUUCAAAAAAAGUGCAUUAAAAAUUGCUUGAGAAGGCAUAUUCUUUUGAGAGCCGUAAAUGAAAAGUGCAUUCACGGAGAACAUGCUCCUUUGUUGUGAGCGGAAAGAAAGGACUGUUGUUGCCUUUAAGGAACAGGUUUCCCAGUUCCCCGGAAUGUCAGGGUCACUUGAGGAAUGGGUGGGCACUUAGGGCCAAGACUGGCGUGUGCUUGGCCUGGCAGCUCCUCUCCAGGAGCUUGCCAGCAUCACUCCUGUGCCAGUGCUCGUAUCUGAAGCCACUUGACUGUCACGAGGCAGAGCCUGGAAACAUUAGCUUUGGAAACUGUUCCUUCCUUUUUAUGUGGAGGAAGUAAGGUUUCACAGAACACCUAAGCUGGACACGGUGAUGUGCCACUUGGACGGUUCCCAGAACAGAAAGCAGCCAGGACAUCCCAGUCCCCCACCUCUCCGUGCCGUGUACUUUUAGGGAGUUUUUGAAAGCUAGCUUCUUACUGAUGAUUUUGUCUAUUUUUCUGUUUUACAUGAAAACCUUCAUUUAUAACCUGCUCUUCUCAGCAUUCUUCUAUUCAGCAUUCAGUAUGACUUCUAUGCCUCUAAUUGUGACUGUAUGGAGAAGAACUGUUUGUCAUUCAGUGCUGUGGGGUAUAAUCAUAUAAUCAGUCCUGUAAAUUAAUCAGAAUGUUCUGUUGCCUGAUUUUUUUUCCAUUGCAUUUUUAUUUCAUUAAACAUAUUUUAGUUCUACAGUAACCUAAUUCCUCAUUGUUACCAUGAGAUCCUAAUUCUGUAGCUGUGUUCUGUAAUCCCACGGGGCGUGUACCAUUUGGAGACACAUGAAGGAUACAGUAGACAGCACGGAGGGCAGCAACACAGAGCCCAGUGUGCACACAGAACCAGAUUCAAUCUCAUUCAUCGUGAACUUGCAUGGUAACUGAUCCGGCCACUCAGUACCUCCAUUGGAUAACAGAUGUGGCCACAGAGUCUUCUAAAGAAAAUCCAAAUAUGCAGGGUGCAUUUGUUUCUGCACCCAAACAAAUACCUUUUGAGAUUUCUUAUAGGCAUUCCUCUCGAAGUCUCAUUACUCUGAUCAGUUAUUGAUCGGAGGCUACCCUGGCUCAGUCGCCAGCUGCUCACUGUGUCCUUCUGUGGUCUCAGGAGCUGCACUUGUCGCUGUCAUAUGAAUAGACGAUAGUUAAUUAGACUGGAUGCGUCUGUACUGGCAGUGAUUUUGCAACUUCCUCUGUAUAAGCGGUACAUUUGUAAAUCAUGGUAAUGUAUUUGAUGGUAAUUGCCUGUGGUGGUUGUAUCAUGAUUUAAUUUUAUUAUGAGCUUUUGGCUUUAUAUAUUUUUCUGCCUUUUUAUGCAUUCAUUAAACAGUUUAACAGACCAAGGACAGUGUA